CUGAACCUGGGUGACUUUGUUGUGAAAGUAUGAAUCUGGGAAAUAGUCUGUACGGUGGCUUAAGGGGGACUCCGAGAGUUUUCACUUGUGUUUGAACCCAGCUUUUUUUUGUAAAUCGGCGUGGAGGUGAAGUGUGGUCUUCCUGCUGGAGAAAGUUACAAUCACAGGAAGGGGAAAGACGGUAUUCUUGAAUAUCACCUUUUAACGGAAAAAAACAAAGUUGCACACCAACUCCCAUUACUGCCCCCUCCCCCCGCAAAAUAACACAAGUGUGAGUGGAUGUUUUCAAAUCGUGGAAAAAAAAGGGUAGGACCCGGAAGCAGAAGCGGGAGUAGCUGGGCUCAUUUGGAGCUGUGCCUAUGGGAUUGAAGUCGGUGAUGGAAGAUGUAAAUGUAAGAGAUGGGGGAGAUAUGCUUGCGUGCAGCGAGGAUGAAGAGGCGGCUGGUGGCAGAGAGGAGAUGGAACGUGGCCCGGAUGGGAUUGGAAUGGAGAAUGUUACAGCUGGCUCCCUGGACAAUGGGCAGUGUUCCACCCGGCUCACGCCUGCCACUCAACCCUGGCACCAGCAGCACGUUUAUUGCACCGUGUAUUAUGUGGAGAAUGAGAACUACCACAACUCAACGCUGGAAGCCGAGGCAGGGGAGCAGAGCAACCAGCCGUCUUCCUCGGGCCGAACCACACCGACUGAUCGGGGCGGACAGACAGAUCGGGAUACUGCCCCGUCCCUGACACCAGCGAGUUUAGGACCUUCCGCUCGGGAACCUUUCAGUAUCUCUCGGCAGGUCGACAUUGAAUCGGAGGGGAACCCUUAUGCUGGAGAGUAUAAACACCUUGUUAUUUUGACCUGUCGCGUUUGUCUUGAUGACAAACCCAUCCGACCACUUCCAUGUUGCAAGAAGGCUGUUUGCGAGGAGUGUUUGAAGAGGUAUCUCAGUAAUCAGGUGCAGCUGGGAAGAGCAGAGAUAAAAUGCCCCAUUACAGAAUGCAGCAAAUACUUGGAUGAAAGCACUGUCAUCUCCAACCUGCCUCGUGAUGACAUUGUCAAAUACAGCUACUUUCUGGAGCUCAGCAGGGUGGAUUCAAGCACCAAACCUUGUCCACAAUGCAAACAUUUCACUACUUUCAGACGGAAGAGCAACAUUCCAACACUUACAAAAUCAGAGAACAAGUUCAAAAUUCAGUGUCCUGUGUGCCAAUUUGUUUGGUGCUUUAAGUGUCAUGCGCCUUGGCAUGAAGGACUAAACUGCAAAGAAUACAGAAAGGGAGAUAAGCUCUUGCGUCACUGGGCUAGUGAGAUUGAACAUGGACAAAGAAAUGCUCAGAAAUGCCCAAAAUGCAAGAUUCACAUCCAGAGGACAGAAGGCUGUGAUCACAUGAACUGUUCACAGUGCAACACCAACUUUUGCUACCGUUGUGGGGAGACAUACCGGCAGCUUCGUUUCUUUGGCGACCAUACUUCAAACCUAAGUAUUUUUGGAUGCAAGUAUCGCUACCUCCCUGACCGGCCACAUUUACGAAGAUUAGUUCGGGGUUCUGUCUGUGCUGGAAAGUUACUUAUAGCUCCUUUGAUGCUGGUGUUGGUGGUAGUACUAGGAGCCAUAACAUUUGUAGUAGGUGUUCCUGCUGUAUUCAUCCAGCUUCACACUUUAUCUUGGAGUCUCCAGCAUCUGCAGUUCCCAUUAUCUCAGAUCACCAUCUUUGAAAAAACAUUCAUUUGCCACACAGUAGAGCCUGUUGAAAUUGAAGCAAAAUGGCUAGUUUUUUUUCUAAGCUACAUCAAUGGCCUGCAGUCAAAGCAUUCGAGGACCAGUUGAUUUCUUUUUUCCCCAAUGUGUUUGUUUAUCUUUCCUAUCUAUUACAUGUGUAAGAAGCAAAGGAAAAGGUCACAGACUGGUAUGUUUACAUAAAACAAAAACAAGCCUUGUUUACAUGGGAGACAACAAUGUGUCAGGGACCUCUCAGAACUCUGCAAUGAGAAGCAAUAGCAUGUAUUUAACAUCCAAAUACCAAACAGACAUGAAGUUGGGAAUGUUGUCAUGAAUUAUUUCUUGGCCAUAUUGCCAAGUAGUACAAAUUCUUGGAAUGAUUUCCAAAGACUUGGCUUCAAGCACUGUGAUGUACAACUCAAGAAAGAAGAAAUUAAUCAGACUCCAAUGUUUUUAUUGAUGAAUCGACAGAUCAGCGCUGGAGAUAGGAGUGUCUUUUCCAUUUUGCACAUGUUAGUACUACUCAGUCGUAAUCAUGAACAAUAUAGGUCUCUGGCAAUGUUUGCACUCUUGCAUUGUCCUAACACUGUCUUGAGCCUCAGUCUCUGAAGAGAACUUUUCCCUGCACGGUGUGAUAUUCCUAUUCUCUUUUCAAGGAAAAUUAUAUCAUCUCAAGGGAUGCCAAUGUGCCAUGAAAUGCCACUUCAUUCAGAUUUAAUCCAAUUGGAUAUUUUAUACACAGCUAUUCCAGCAGUUAACAUUCGUGAGAAGGCAAUUUUAAUUCAGUUUAAGGCACUAGAAAUAAACUGGAGUAUCAGAAUACUUUCCAAUAUUGAUAUCGGCCUGAGCAAUGAGCAUGCUUGAUAUUUAAAAUUCUGGAGUCAAAAUCAACAGCAUGACUCUGAAUUGUAGCCAAAAUAAUGUAUACAGGCAUGCUUUACUUCAGGAGUGGAAUAUAUCCGGAAUCAAGUCAAAACUAAGUGGAUGUGAAAGUGUGAACAUGCGGAACAAAUUUGGUUCAUGCAUAUGCAAGCUCACUUUUUGUUAAUGGGGCAUGAACAUCAAGCUGAAAAAAUGUGUAGGAUAUUAAAGAAAAUUAAAAUUUGUCCCUGACCGUUGACAUUACAGUCUCUUCAGUGCUCACCAAUCACAGAGGCCUCAAGUUUAUCCAUAGACACAAUGUGCUUCUUAAAGCACACCUAAGUAGGGAGGUGGGCAGUCUGGCUGAGCAAUAGCCCCUGUCCUUAUGCUGCCUAGACCUGGUUGCCUUGGUCAUGUAAAAGUGAAUCUUUUCAAUUUGCAUAUCAAUUAGCACAAUUCACAUGACUGGCAAGGAGCUUGACCUCACUUGAUUUCUAUUCAUGACUAAUUGUUAGGAUAAUGGAAGUAAAAAAUAUCCUGAGAUGAGAUGUGGCAAUCACCUUCACUUGCUUGAAAUCCAUCUAAUAACAUUAGACAAUGCUAUCUAAAAGUAAUUUUUAGUGCCUUAUUUGCAAGUUUUUUUUUGAGGAGAGUCUUUCAGCUGCUAAACAGCCAUGCCAUAGAUAAGAUAUAGUUCAACUCUAAUUCUGUAGGUUAAAUAGGUCACUUGACAGUCCAAGCUUAAUUAAAAGAGAAACUGUCUUAACAGUGACUAAUAUUGCAGAGAACUUCAAAGCUGUAGUGUGGGACAGUUUUGUGGUUUUGCUAGAAAUGUUUCUUCAUUGGUCACAUUUUCACAAUAUCUUAGAAGCAUAUUGAAUUGUGAAUUAAUUUCCAUAUCCUACUCAUUAAUGAAAAGAACAUGUAAAGGAAAACUAUUUAAUUCCAAAGCCUCCACUGGAGAGUGAUCUCACCUCCUUGUAACUUACUAAAAGGUGUCACCUGCAACUUCUAAAUAGCUAAGUAUGUUUGGCCAUGUAAAACUAAAACGGAUGAUAUAAAUGUUGAAAUUCCCUCGUUUUCCUGGUUGACCACUGUCACUGGGUAGGAGGCCCCUGGAAACCUCAUUUAAAUGGAUUUCCACCAAUAUUACAGCAGCCGAGCGUGAAGACUUCCAAACCAAUUUCUGAGAUUGUUUAAUUGGAUUGACUUCUAACACAAAUACUUCCAACUUUGACUUAGCCUGUGCACGUAUAACAAAUUGGAAGAUGAUAUCCUGAGCAAUACAGGAAAAAAAAAUUUAAAGGCUUUGUUGAUUUGGAUAGUCAACCGGGUAUUGGGGAUCUUUUUUGAUCCAUGAAGGAACCAAUUUAGUGAGACCGCAGCCCGAAAUGACAUCUUGUACAAUAUUUCUUUCAAUCAGUGGCAUUCUGUUUAAGUUAUUUGUUUUUUAUUCGUUCCAUCUCCAUUUUUGUUUCUGUUACAAAGUUUUUGAUUUUAUUUCAAGUUGAUUAUUAGGCUUAACUGUCUGAGUCACCUUUGUAGCUGGACAGAUGUAUUGAGUUCAUUGAUUAAGUAGACUAACAUGGUCACAUUUUUCUGUUUCCAAAUAUCAGCAGUAGAAUGAAUGCUGUUUGGCACCCUUAAACAAAGGUGGUUUCUCUUUGUAACUUUUAUUGGCUAAUUCAUCACCAAAGCAUGUGCCUCUUUAUUUAAUGUAGCCUCUUUAAAGUUUGUUUUCAGUAAGUUGAAUUAUGGCUACAGGUACUCCGGCAGUGUUUGAGUACAAAUCCAUAAAGGUGUUCUUUUUUUAAUGCCAAUUUAAAAUCCUCUUUUCUCAUUCCCCAUUUCCACCCAUCCCUUGCAGGAAGGAGCAGGGAGAACUUGAGUCCAGAGGUACUUUGCACUUGUGGUAAAUGUUUAUUGGUUGAUCUGCCAAUUGUAGGGUCCUGCUGGUCAGGAUCAAAAGAAAACACAAACAAUUUUACUUUUACAAGAUAGUUCCAUUGUGGAUCAUGCCGACAAGAUAUAUUUAAGCUUUUUCACUUGAAUUUUAUGUUCAGUUUAAACAAGUGAUGUAGCUGUUGAUCCAAUGACACUGUUGCAGCCAAUUUGAUAAAUAAUAUGCUUAAAUUAAUCAGAUUAAUAAAAAAAUAAAGUAAAUGCAUCCUAUAUAAAUGCAUCUGAUUAAUGACACGUCUGCAUUCAUAAACUAAAAGUAACAGCUUGGGUACUUCAAGUGACUUGCAACUGGACCACAGACAACUACCAGUACAAAAACAAUAGCUGAAAUAAUGUGACUCAGUAUAUCGAAUGUACUAUUCCAAUGAAAAAUAAAGCAGAAUUACAUUG